AUGGCUCAACUAGAAGACUCCGACACGAUCGAACAUACGAAUAACGACAAUCGGAAAACAACGGUAUGGGCGGCCAUUCUUUGCGUUGUCAUCAUCGUCAUCAUUGCCGCUAUAUGCAUCGUCCAUAGAAACAUCCGCGGACAGGCGAUUCGUCGGUCGAUAGAAGCGCAACUCCCGAGAUACAAUGUCAUUUCAGGCUUGGGGAAAGAUACGGUGGAAAGCAUGCCCAUCAUCAGGUUCGAUUCCAAACUACACUCCCAGCAGAUAGCCGCACCAGCGCGCGUGUACCUACCGCCAUUCGAUCAGACGAAACCCCGGAAGCAUGGUGCUCAGUUGCUACCUCUACGAAAGUACUUCACUAUCCAGAAUAUAUGCCGCGAAUCACCCAGGAGUGAUGGCGCCGGGGCACAACCGGGCGACUCUGUGUCAACAGCCUGCUCGAUAUGCACUGAGGACUUUGUCGAGGGCGUGAAGCUUAGGAUGUUGCCUUGCAGACACUUGUAUCAUCCUCAGUGUAUAGAUCCGUGGUUGACGAAUCGAUCUCGCACUUGUCCUCUCUGCCGUGUCAAUUUUACAACUUCGACGGUAAAGAAAUCAUCGCCGGCAUUUAUUGAGAGAGCCUAA